GGGAGAGAGGCGGCGGCGGCGGCGCCGGCGACGGGGAGGCAUUGGCGGCGGCGACACCAUGUCAUCCCCCAGUCCGGGCAAGAGGCGGAUGGACACGGACGUGGUCAAGCUCAUUGAGAGUAAGCAUGAAGUUACGAUCCUUGGAGGACUCAAUGAAUUUGUAGUGAAGUUUUAUGGACCACAAGGAACACCGUAUGAAGGCGGAGUGUGGAAAGUUAGAGUGGAUCUUCCUGAUAAAUACCCUUUCAAAUCUCCGUCUAUAGGAUUCAUGAAUAAAAUUUUCCAUCCCAACAUUGAUGAAGCGUCAGGAACUGUGUGUCUAGAUGUAAUUAAUCAAACUUGGACAGCUCUCUAUGAUCUUACCAAUAUAUUUGAGUCCUUCCUGCCCCAGUUGUUGGCCUAUCCUAACCCCAUAGAUCCUCUCAACGGUGACGCUGCAGCCAUGUACCUCCACCGACCAGAAGAGUACAAGCAGAAAAUUAAAGAGUACAUCCAGAAAUAUGCAACCGAGGAGGCACUGAAAGAGCAGGAGGAGGGCACCGGUGACAGCUCGUCAGAGAGUUCUAUGUCUGACUUUUCGGAAGAUGAGGCCCAGGAUAUGGAGUUGUAGUAGAAAAAGCACCUGCUUUUCAGAAAGACUAUUAUUUCCUAACCAUGAGAAGCAGACUAUAAUAUUCAUAUUUAAACAAAGCAAUUUUUUUUAUUACUAAACAAGGUUUUUAUGAAUAAUAGCAUUGAUAUAUAUAUAUUAUAUAUCACCCUUUAGAUCUUGAUUUCUUGGUCAUUUCUCAACCUGAGGUGCAUAGCAUAUUCCCACAUUCCAUUUUGGUAGCAAUAUGCAGUCCGAAUGCAUGCAUUCAUAAGUCCACUUGGCCAAGUCAGCCUGUGUGCUACUGAACUGUCAAAGGAAAUAGCCGCUCUAAUAGGUAGACAUGAGUAAAAAUAACAGGAAAGAGUUGCUUCUUUUAUUGAUGGUUCCAAAGAAACAAACCAAACCAACCAACUCUUGGACAUGAACAUAGAAUAGUGUUUUUUCAAAAUGGAAAGGAAACAACUGGGGAGGAAGAGGCCUGCUGUGGGAGCAUUUAGAGCCAGCCACAUAAGAAUCAGAGCUGCUCCUUCCUGUGAAUCCUAGGUGGCCCCAUUUCUGUGGAAUAACAGUAUAAAACAAGGGAGCUAAUUGGAGUAUUGAAACUUAAAACAAUUUUUUGACUCAGAUUUUUAAGUACAUUUUUUAUAUAGAGAUUCCUGCCCUUCAUGCAACCAGGCCCUGCAGCCACAAGUGUUUUGCUUUGGAGAACCUUUUGGAAGUGUUUUCUGAACCCGAUUCUUUUUCUCGGGGUAGACCUUUUUGAGAGGAUGAGACAGGAGGAGAAAAGUGACUGGGAAGAUGCUUCCUCUCAUCCAAAACACAUGCAAAGUCGCAUCCUAAUCCUGGUGUUUGGCCAGUUUGAAACCACUACCCUGGACUAAGAGCUUUAAAUUUGAGGGCUGGGUUUUUGGUUUUUUUUUUUUUUUUUCUUGUGUGUGUGAAUUGUGCUUAGGUUGCAAAUGUCAUCUUCACCUACCAAGAGACGGUCUCCUCCUUGGACAAGCCGCUCAGGGGACCAUUAGACUUGGGAAGAAGAGCUGUCUGGUGGCUGGGAAGCUCUGGAUCCUCUCAUUCGUGUUUGGGAUUUGUUUUCCCUUCUGCUGCCACUCUUGCAGCAGCCUGGUCAUCAUCUGUUUGUGGGAGUAGGAAACGGGUAUUUUAGACCCAACACAUGUUCUACAUUUAAAAUGAAUAAUAAUUGGAAAAAUAAAAGUUCUUAUACCCAAGAACAUGGGGAAAACACACAAGUUUUUUCAGAGAGUGACCUAAUAGGAAGAAGGGAUUCAGAAAUAUGAUGUAGUAGAACAGGUUUUGAAGGAAGGAGAUUUUCUCUCCUGUGUGUGUUAAGAGGAAAUCAGACAGUUUUAAAUGCCUGCUAAUCAGAUGUUUACUCACUAACCAUAUAUCCAGGUUGCUGCAGAGUUUCUUUCAAAUCUGAGUGUUGCCUGCUGAAUUUGGAGUGGAAUUUGGAGAGGUUUUAGAUGGCAGCUCUGUAUUCCUUUUUUGCUGCAACCAACAGGACAAUAGCAGAAUUAGCCAAUCCUAAGACCUUCUAAAGACAAUUUUUGAAUGUCCCACUGGGAUAACUUAAUUUUUCUUCUUGAUGUGUGUUUUUAGUUUAGAAGUGCUGUAUUUCACAAGGUUUAAGUCAGUGAGGUUGGAAGAUACCCUAUCUUUUUUUUAUUCAGAAAGCACAAUCAGUCUUUUCUUUGAAAAUCUAUAUAAAGUACAUCUUGCUCUUAGCAUGAUUAUUUUCCUAAAUAAAAAGACAAAGAAUUUACUUAUUUUAUGUUAAUUACGGGCAUGAAGCAAAAGGCUUUCUUUUAAAAAGUGUGGUUAUGUAGGGUUGUGGUUAGUUAACAGUAACUGAGUUAUCUAUCUAGCAUCUGUGGCUUGUUGGAAGGGUAGUAUUAACUAUUUAACAUGUAAUGGUGUGCUUUAACUCUUACCUAGCACGCUGUCUUCUCAUUGCUUUGGGGGAGGGAGGGUCUCUACUGGCACUGUCUAACUUGCUUACCUGCUGAAUUAGCAGUUUGCUUGUGCUAUAACCUUUAUUGUAGGUGCUACUUAGGGUAGGCUUAAAGUGCUGGGUGAUUUGAGUUCAAACAAUAAAAAAUUGUAUUUUUUCAAUAUUGUAUAAACAAUAGUGUUCUAAUUACCUUUCAAAAAAAUAAUGUCCAGAUAGUAAUUGCUUCUGAUCUUGUCAAAAACAUGAGUAGAACCAAGUUUAGGGAAGGCGUGUGAGCAGUGCCACAGCUCUGCUCCUCCCCUAAAUCCACGUCUCUCUCAUGAAAAGACAUCAGCGUGCCUCCGAUCUCCAGAGCUCCAGCACCAGAGAGCUGAUGGUGCAGAAUCCCCAAAUAAAGACUUGAUGGAGGAGGUUGCAGGGCUUAAGAAGCAGAUCUGAGUGUGGCUUCAGAGUGUGCAUGUGUGUAUGUGUGUGUGUGUUUGUGUCCAUUCAAGUCCGUGUGAUGAAAGUGUAAUUAGGCUUCUCUGUUAGCCCUGGAAGCUCCUGUAAUUGCUGCACAAAUCCCACUCCUCUCUCGUUAUGUGCAAGUCUACCCUUUCUGGGCACUAACCUUGGUCCCAUGUUGUGUUUUGGCUGUUUGUGGGGCUUUUCCUCUUCGCUAGGAAAUUGACUUUUGAUAGGUUGAACAGAAUCCCUUCUUAUGCUAACUUUUUGUUCCUUCCCUGCACCUGGGAGAGGUGGAAGUAGGAGGCCAUACUUAUAGGUACAGAGGGGCUAGAAGAAGACCUGGCUGUGAAUCUGAGGACUCUGUGCCCCCAAUAACAUGGUAGAGUGAGUCUGCAGCAAUGGGUGUUUCAACUCCAGAAGGCUUUCCAAGUUGUCCAAGGUUGUCUCUUCGUGAUACUCAAAAGUAUCCAGAGCCCCGGGGAAAGACUGAACAUUCUUGGCUUUAGAGGUGGUGGCUGCUGUAGGUCAGAGCUGCUUCUGGCAGUUUCCCUUCCCUUCUUAGUACCCAUAGUUUUUGAAAUCCUACCUUGUGGUUCACCAGCGCAAGCCAUUCUUUGCCCCUGUUCAAAUGACUGAGCUCAAGCUCUUGCCAAACACCAACAAGCAAGAUGGCUGCAACACAGCAGCAUUUAAUCUGCUGCACUCCAGCUUUCUCCAGAAGCCCCAGCACAGGGGCCUGUGGAUUGCAGUUGGUGGUAGCCAACCCAAACACUGGCAUUUUGGCUUUUUGUCUUCAAUCUCAUCGCCUUUCUGAGGUUACCAUGCAGUUUCGACCAGCGUUUUAUACUAGUGAGAUAGUUACCAGAAGUUGCCAUAUAAUCUCUCCAAUACCUAACAUUUUUUGUCUAUUUCAAAUGCCGUUCUAAUUGCCAACUGGCUGAUCUAAGCUCCUGAGGAGUGUCUCCCCUCAAAAGGCUCCCUGAAGCCCAAGUUGGCGUUGGCCUGACACUUGGUUUUUAUUAGGUCUCCUGUUGGGAUGGCUGAGAAUCAUGAAAGAUCCUCUCCUAGCCUCCAGGCGUCAAGUUUUCUAGACACCAAGUUUCUGGGGACUAGUGUUGGAUUUUUAAAUAGCAUGUGGCCCUUCUAUAUUUUAGUGACUCAGAAAAGUGAAAGCCACUUACAAAAGUAAACAAGAGUUUUAUUUGAUUUCAUCAACUUUCUGAGUUCAUAGCCUUGUUGAAUGAAAUCAUUUCUGAUUGGGCACGAAGAAUUGCAUUUCUUUGGACUUCUGAAUCCAUGUUCAUACUUGUCUCUGGCCACUGAACACCUUAGCGAUUCCAUUAGGAUCAGAUGGGCUGGAGACCCUUCGGGGAAGGGGGAGUUACCAGUCCUCAGGUGUGCAGGUUCUCCACUCACCUGAGGAAGGGCCAGGCUCUUAAUUUAGCAAGUACUCGUCUUGGCUGUGGGCUUGGGAAGAAAUGGCCAUUAUUUACUGAUUGUAUUUGGUACAUAUUGUGUGAUACUUGAAGAGAUAAAAGGGACUUACCAGCCCUUAAUUGAAAUCUAAGCUUUUUAUUGCUCAUUUUUUCUUUGCCCUGUCUCCUCCCUUCCACCUUUUUCCUUGCAUUGUGAUGAUCUAGUGGGCACUUCUGUCAACAGGACAAAUGCCUCUGACUAUAACCUCUUAAUAGUUGUGUAUAAUGAGAACUGUAAACUUUUUUAAAUAAAAUGUGUAUAUACCUUG